CCACAGUGUGAGGCUAGAAACCACAGCAGUACUCAGUGUGAGGCUAGAAACCCCAGCAGUACUCAGUGUGAGGCUAGAUACCACAGCAGUACUCAGUGUGAGGCUAGAAACCCCAGCAGUACUCAGUGUGAGGGUAGAUACCACAGCAGUACUCAGUGUGAGGCUAGAAACCACAGCAGUACUCAGUGUGAGGCUAGAAACCACAGCAGUACUCAGUGUGAGGCUAGAAACCACAGCAGUACUCAGUGUGAGGCUAGAAACCCCAGCAGUACUCAGUGUGAGGCUAGAUACCACAGCAGUACUCAGUGUGAGGCUAGAAACCACAGCAGUACUCAGUGUGAGGCUAGAAACCCCAGCAGUACUCAGUGUGAGGCUAGAAACCACAGCAGUAUUCAGUGUGAGGCUAGAAACCACAGCAGUACUCAGUGUGAGGCUAGAAACCACAGCAGUACUCAGUGUGAGGCUAGAAUCCCCAGCAGUACUCAGUGUGAGGCUAGAAACCACAGCAGUACUCAGUGUGAGGCUAGAAACCACAGCAGUACUCAGUGUGAGGCUAGAAACCACAGCAAUACUCAGUGUGAGGCUAGAAACCACAGCAGUACUCAGUUUGAGGCUAGAAACCACAGCAGUACUCAGUGUGAGGCUAGAAACCCCGGCAGUACUCAGUGUGAGGCUAGAAACCCCAGCAGUACUCAGUGUGAGGCUAGAUACCACAGCAGUACUCAGUGUGAGGCUAGAAACCCCAGCAGUACUCAGUGUGAGGGUAGAUACCACAGCAGUACUCAGUGUGAGGCUAGAAACCACAGCAGUACUCAGUGUGAGGCUAGAAACCACAGCAGUACUCAGUGUGAGGCUAGAAACCACAGCAGUACUCAGUGUGAGGCUAGAAACCCCAGCAGUACUCAGUGUGAGGCUAGAUACCACAGCAGUACUCAGUGUGAGGCUAGAAACCACAGCAGUACUCAGUGUGAGGCUAGAAACCCCAGCAGUACUCAGUGUGAGGCUAGAAACCACAGCAGUAUUCAGUGUGAGGCUAGAAACCACAGCAGUACUCAGUGUGAGGCUAGAAACCACAGCAGUACUCAGUGUGAGGCUAGAAUCCCCAGCAGUACUCAGUGUGAGGCUAGAAACCACAGCAGUACUCAGUGUGAGGCUAGAAACCACAGCAGUACUCAGUGUGAGGCUAGAAACCACAGCAAUACUCAGUGUGAGGCUAGAAACCACAGCAGUACUCAGUUUGAGGCUAGAAACCACAGCAGUACUCAGUGUGAGGCUAGAAACCCCAGCAGUACUCAUUGUGAGGCUAGAAACCACAGCAGUACUCAGUGUGAGGCUAGAAACCACAGCAGUACUCAGUGUGAGGCUAGAAACCACAGCAGUACUCAGUGUGAGGCUAGAAACCCCAGCAGUACUCAGUGUGAGGCUAGAAACAACAGCAGUACUCAGUGUGAGGCUAGAAACCACAACAGUACUCAAUACCACAGCAGUACUCAGUGUGAGGCUAGAUACCACAGCAGUACUCAGUGUGAGGCUAGAAACCACAGCAGUACUCAGUGUGAGGCUAGAUACCACAGCAGUACUCAGUGUGAGGCUAGAAACCACAGCAGUACUCAGUGUGAGGCUAGAAACCACAGCAGUACUCAGUGUGAGGCUAGAAACCACAGCAGUACUCAGUGUGAGGCUAGAAACAACAGCAGUACUCAGUGUGAGGCUAGAAACCACAGCAGUACUCAGUGUGAGGCUAGAAACCACAGCAGUACUCAGUGUGAGGCUAGAAACCACAGCAGUACUCAGUGUGAGGCUAGAAACCACAGCAGUACUCAGUGUGAGGCUAGAAACCACAGCAGUACUCAGUGUGAGGCUAGAUACCACAGCAGUACUCAGUGUGAGGCUAGAAACCACAGCAGUACUCAGUGUGAGGCUAGAAACCACAGCAGUACUCAGUGUGAGGCUAGAAACCACAGCAGUACUCAGUGUGAGGCUAGAAACCACAGCAGUACUCAGUGUGAGGCUAGAAACCACAGCAGUACUCAGUGUGAGGCUAGAAACCACAGCAGUACUCAGUGUGAGGCUAGAUACCACAGCAGUACUCAGUGUGAGGCUAGAAACCACAGCAGUACUCAGUGUGAGGCUAGAAACCACAGCAGUACUCAGUGUGAGGCUAGAAACCACAGCAGUACUCAGUGUGAGGCUAGAAACCACAGCAGUACUCAGUGUGAGGCUAGAAACCACAGCAGUACUCAGUGUGAGGCUAGAAACCACAGCAGUACUCAGUGUGAGGCUAGAAACCACAGCAGUACUCAGUGUGAGGCUAGAAACCACAGCAGUACUCAGUGUGAGGCUAGAAACCACAGCAGUACUCAGUGUGAGGCUAGAAACCACAGCAGUACUCAGUGUGAGGCUAGAAACCACAGCAGUACUCAGUGUGAGGGUAGAAACCACAGCAGUACUCAGUGUGAGGCUAGAAACCACAGCAGUACUCAGUGUGAGGCUAGAAACCACAGCAGUACUCAGUCUGUAUAG